GAAAACUAUACUUUGUCCAUCUUUGUCAUUGUUUUUAAUAAUUCGUCGAGCAAAGUAGUACUGUGCACGUUUAUAAAAUGAUUAAACAUUUUUUUCCGAGAACAACUGCGUUAUGUUUUGUGAGAAGGAUGUGUACGCCAGCCACCCCGCCUCCGACACCGGCACCGAGCUCUUCUUCUGGUUCUAUGUCGAAGAGAUACCGACCAACAGAUUUUCAGAAGUUUGUCCUUGUUUGGACCAAGAAGUAUAAGAGCAAGGAGGAAAUCCCGGCAUUUGUCUCAGCUGAAAUUAUUGAAAGGUCCCGCAGCGAAGCUCGCAUAAAAAUCGCAAAUGUUCUCAUGCUCCUGACUGCUCUCGCAAGUUUUGGCGCCAUUUUGGCAGGAAAGGCAGCCGCAAAGAGAGGAGAAUCUGUCCAUCAAAUGAACAUGGACUUCCACAAACAAUAUAGAGCUGAGCAUGCCGAAAAGGAAGCAGCUGCUGCUGCCAAGUAGAACAUGACAAGAGUCAUUGAGCCAUACCAAUUGUAGUCAUAAAUUGUGCUUGCAGGUUUUAAUAAGUAUUGUGUACUUUAGAUAUUAGAUUAAGUAUUGAUUGUAAUAAAACAACUUUUAACUUGAAUCUAUUUAUAAUAUAUACACUAUAGGCUCAAAAACAAUUAUUUAAAUUCUCAGUCUUCAUAAGUUGUCGGGCUUGUAAUAGCUUCUACACUUCUCUGUAAACAGCUUUGUUGUUUUUUCACGGAUCACCUCUUCCACGCUCAAUUCAGUUUGAAGAA